AUGAGCCAGAGCCAAAGUUCAUUCGCGAACCAGCUCGCUGAACUGCCGGCUCCACUGUCGAGAUUCGAUAGUUGCACAAAUAUCGGGCCAAGUGUUAUGGCAAUUGGAAGUGUUCUUUUUGAAAAUUAAAAAAAAAAAAAGAAAAAGAAGAAAGAAACCAAAAGUAAUUGCCAGCGUUAUGAACAGAGCACAUUUUGCCGUGCAAACGGCACUCGUACGUAGCCUAAGCCUCCUGCCCCGAACACACACAUGCAAGCUACACACACAGCUGCAGCGUGCCUGGUGGCAAAAGCAAUCGAGGUGGCUGCCAAAGUUCAGCAGAUCCCUGGCCGCAAGCAUAACGACGCCAAAGGACACCACCGAAGCAGUUGGCACGGCGGCGGCAGGAACAAUCAAGAAGGCCGCCCGCAGUGCGGCCGGCGGCGUCAAGACCCUGCCGCAGGUGGACGAGCCGCUCGAGACGGGGCUCUCGCCCGGACGAACGCGUGCAUUGCGCAAGAAGCGUCUGGCUAUUGACGAGCUGUCCGCCUUGGGUUUCCUCAAUACACGUGGCUAUACGACGGCCGAUGAGUACAAUCUGGAGGAGCUGCAUGCGGCGCUCAAGCAACAGAAUCUAUACGAAACGAAACGUUUCUUCUCCACGGACAAUCUGGGCGUGGAGCAGAACGUGCUCUUUGUCACCGCCAAAUAUCAAACGGGGUCCCGGCCGCGCGAGAUAUUCUUCUUUCGCGAGGGCUCCGUCGUCUUUUGGAAUUGCAACGACAUCGAGACGAACAACGUGCUCAACUUCUUGCGCAGCUUUGAGCGUGAAUCGUACGUGAGCACCCUGGUCCACGGCGAGAGCGAGGUGAUGCCCUACACGUAUAUCGCAUCGACGGCCGUCGACGUCGAGGGCGAUCUGGUGGCGGAGUCGAGCGAUUUGAAUGUGGCAUCGCGCGCCUUCUUCCAGAACGGCAAGUUCUAUCUGACGCCGGACAGCGACAAUUUCCUGUACAAGUACACAUUCUCCAAUGCGAUUGCGCAGUCGAUCAAGCUGGGCAUCUGGGAGGCGACACUGGAUCGCUAUAUUGACUCGAUGGAGUACUUGACGGAGGAUCUGAAGCGCGGUCGGCGAUUGCGCAUCUCGCGCGCCUCCAUGCUGCGCAAAACAGGCGAACUGUUUGCCCUGCGGCAUUCCAUUAACCUGUCCUCGGAUCUGCUGGAUGCACCGGACUUUUACUGGGAUCGCGAGGAGCUGGAGGGGCUCUAUCUGCAGGUUUGCUCCUAUUUUAGCAUAUCGCGCCGCACCAAGGUGAUGAACGAGAAGAUCAACCAUUGCGUCGAGCUGGCCGAGCUGGUGUCCCACAAUUUGAACGAUGCCCAUCACAUUCGGCUCGAGUGGAUGAUCAUUAUUUUGAUUAUGGUCGAGGUGGGAUUCGAGAUUUUGCAUUUUGUUGAGGGUGCAUUGCAUCAGGGCAAUGUGAUGCAUGCUAGUCCCUUUCCCCUAUCCGAAAAUAGUGCCUAAGCUGCGCAUUUCUUGUUUUAUAUGAUUUGCAACAACAAAAUACAAAUCACGUUUUUGGUA